ACAACAGUAUGUGAUUAAACGCUGAAGCGGUUGGUUCGAAGUGUGAUAACAAUAAAUAGUUCGUAUUUGUUUAUGAGAGAGGUGUUACACAUAAAAUUUAAAUUUAAUCACCAACGAAUAAAGAAAGUACAACGGCACGCCACAGAACGUUAAAUCGCUUUCACAAUCUCCGAAGAACGCACCGGAUGAACAAGCAUUCGAAAACAAUCAAACAAGAAUUAAAAAGAUGGUAGAAUUCGGAUAUUUAUUAAUUUUAUUCGCACAAAAAAUCCUGGCAGUUUUAUUAAUACCGUAUUUUUGGUGGAUUUCGAAAAAACCCAAGAAAAUAAUUCCAAAAAUCGAUAACCCCAUCUUAUUUUAUAGUGCAACAAAACUAUCAGAAAAAAUUAGAAAUCGAGAGCUCACAUCCGAACAAAUUAUCAAAGCUUAUAUCGACCGUGUAAAAGUAGUCGAUAUAAUUUUAAAAGCUGUGGUUCAAAAUCGAUUUGACAUCGCUUUGGCCGAAGCUAAAAACGUCGAUGGUUAUUUAAAAUCGUGUGAUUUAACCGAAAAUGAAUUAAAAGUUAAAUAUCCUUUAUUGGGAGUUCCAAUAACUGUCAAAGAAAGUUGUAGUUUGCAAGGAAUGUCUUAUAGCGUUGGUUCAAAACUUCGUAGAGGAGUCGUUGCAAAAUCGGAUGGAAUCGCUGUUAAAAAGUUAAGGGAAGCCGGGGCUAUUCCAAUUUUAGUUUCAAACACGCCCGAAUUGUGUUUAUUUUGGGAAUCGAACAAUUUAAUUCAUGAGAGGACUUGUAAUCCUUACGAUACUAAUCGAACGAGUGCGGGGUCUUCAGGAGGAGAAGUAAAUUUAAUCAAAUAUACUCAGUGGUAAAAAAAUGCAUUAUCUAAAAUGAUGAAAACAAUGUAACUAAAAAUAUACUAUGUAAAGAUAUUGAAGCAACGACUUCUCUAAUCGCAUCCUUUAAUUGAUCAGUAGUGGCAUUUAUUUGAGGUGUGCGAUAAACAAUUUGUUUCAAUCAGCUCCAUAGGAAAAAAUCCAUUAAUGUUAAAUCUGGACUCCUAGGAGGCCACUGAACUGGUCCUUGUCUCCCAAUCCAGUGGUCUGGAAACGUAUGGUCUAACCGUUGCCCAAUAAUGUGCUGGGCAUCCAUCUUGUUGAAAAUAAAAUGAACGACUGUAUUCUAAUGGAAGAUUGUCUAAUUCACCAUCGAGGAAAUUUCUUAACUUCUACUUCUCAUUCUACUUUUUUCAUAUAAUUUAGGUUCUUAGAAUUGGAUAAAUACAAAAUUUUAUACAACGCUAUUAAAUCGUGAAGUAUAGCUAAAUACAAAAUUGUUUAAACUAAAUUGGUUAUAUAGUUUACUUCGAUGUAAGGUUUCUAUAAAUAAAUCUUUAAC